GGGAAUCUUCCCCCACCGCCUUUUCCCCCUUAACCAUUAAAUACAGUCAACAUGGCGUCUGUGAUAGGUUCAGAGGUGGAAAUACAAGAAGUUGAAGUCGAUGCUAUUCCAGUAGAAAUGCCGAUAGAAACUGUUGAAACAUCGGAUGAAGUUUCUGUGCAGCCGAUGAUUGCUUUACAACCUUUAUCCGAGUCAGGAGGAGAAGAAAUAGUGUUACAAACUCGUGAAGAAGUUGUUGGCGAUCCAAAUCUUGUUUAUUCAGAUUCCAUACCAGUGCCAGCACCAGAAAUUGAAAUUUCUACAGAGGAAGUGAUUCCAAUGAGAAAAGGAAAAGGAGGAAAGCGAAAAGGAAAAUCUAGAAACAUUGUUCAAACAAGUGGACUUGGUGUAAAUGAUUUGGGACUUGGUGAUUCUUCAGUUAAAAAAUGGGAGCAGAAGCAAGUUCAAAUAAAAACGCUAGAAGGAGAGUUUUCAGUUACGAUGUGGGCAUCAGGUUAGUGGUUUUCUUUAUGUCUUUCUUAUAAUUAAUGUAUGGUUACAACGAUAGAUGUUGGGUGCCAGUUUAAGUGUUAAGUGUUUGGUACUGAUUGACUUUCUCAGUCUCGAAAGAACCUACUACUGUUCAAAACAAAAGUGAAUAAGCUAACUCCAAUAUUGAACAAGACCACCAUGACCUAGAAAUGAGAGUGGCGUGAUAGAUAGGGAAUUGUUUCUCUGUAACAUUUGUGCAUGUUUUUUUCUUGUAUUUUUGUUCAAUUGCCUCAUAUUUUUUAGUUGUUUUCGUUUGUUUUGAAACUAAGUCGGCCAUUAUGAUUCUAUGGGCGCCGCCAUAUUCUUCUUUGAAAGAUGGCGGAGUGAAAUGAAGAUGGCGACUGGGCGCCAUUUUGAGAUGGUGGCUACAUGAUUGAGUCGUCGUUUUUCUACCCGUAUUUAUAAUACAUGGUUUAAUUUUUAAAUGGCUAGUAAAUAACUCAUGCAAGCUCAUUAGUUUUGAAUUGAAGGAAUGUUAUUAAGAAUUGAUUUGAUCUAGGCUGGUGGAUUGUUGUAUUUUAGUGUUCCUCAUAACCUUGAAUGACCUUGAAACCCGUACAUAACGGCAAUGUGGCGGAAGAGGUCGGCUAUUUUAAGAACGAGGCAAUUACAUCAUUCGGAAGCAGAUUUUUUAGCAAUCAUGUAGUCUCCUUUCACUUUCGUUUUUGAAAAUAUUGUGUACAAAUCUUAAGUCUUGUGGUAAGACAGACAAUUUAUUUUACAUUUCCUUACACACUAAGGGCCGCACAACUAUAUAAUUAUUAGGUUAUAGCUAAGUAUAGGGCUAGGGCAUUUAAAUGCUUACUUUUUAUAACUUAAACUUUAAUAUUACUACAGUCCCAGUGUACUGCCUUUGCUGUUAGUUAGUCUUACUCCUUGAACUUACCCCUGACCACAUCAUGGGAAUUUCAAAAAUAAAAAAAGGAAGACAUUUCAUAUUGAAAAAGAUGUCACUUUGAGUUUGAGAAGCAGAAGAUUUAUUAUUAUACCACUUCAAAAUAAACACAAAUCUGAAAUAAGCAAUGAGGCUAGAGAUUAAAUUUAAAUGUUUUUUUUUAACAUACCUUCUGACACUAUAAUAAUAUUCUAGUUAGUCAUUUAAACAAAUUAUUCUGAUAUAGCUAUUUUUGAAAAAAUUUUGAGCAUGUCUUAUUGUUAAAAUUAAUAAAAUUGUCUAAUGUUAAAUAAAUGAGUAUUAUCGCUUCACAGACUCCCCAUCAAGACUAUUAUGCUCCUUGGCCCACUGUGAGUUUAUCAGUGGCAAGAAAUCAUUCCUUUUUUUUUUUUUUUUUUUUUUUUUUUUUUUUUUUUUUUUUUUUUUUUCUGGAUUGCAAAUUUUUUUUUUUUUUUUUUUUUUUUUUUUUUUUUUUUUUUUUUUUUUUUUUUUUUUUUUUUUUGCAUUAUCAUUAUUAGCAGGAAUGCAAAGUUUAUUUAUCUUUUGAGGAUUUUUAUAAUAUUCUGAAAUAUGAUAAAGUUCAAAUUAUAUUGGCAAAUGUUGAUAAUACAGGUAAAUGUUGCAUAUUGCAAAACUUUGUCAGUGUUGAGAUACCUGAAAUAUAAAAUGGAAUAUAUCCAAAUAUUGAAAGUUUUUUGCAUUAUAAACAAAUUGAGGGGCAAGAGAAAUUAGAAAAUUAACUUUUUUUAACUUUUUACCUGGUAUAUGUAUUUGAUUAAUCACUGGCCUGGUUCUACUCCAUUGUAAAAUGUCAACAGCGGUGUUUAACAAUCCUUUUUUGCUUCAUGCCCCUCCUAAGAACCUCAAAUGGAUUUUGAACAGACAUAUAUGCUUCAAAAAUUGUAGUGGCCUUCUUAAAUCACCUCUUUAAUACUGAUGUUUUGAGAAAUACCUUUUUAUGUCUGGUGAUUUAUAGCGUUUAACAAUUAUACAGUGUAAUUAUUUAUUUUUAUUGAAACAUCAAAUAUGCAUUGAUUUUGUUAGCAUUCUGAUGUUUAGUUUAGUAGUUCUAAUGUGGUUGAUAUAAGUGAUGUGAUAAAUUUGUCCAUGUUAAUAAACCACAGCAAGCAAGUUCUGAAUAUUUUUUUUUUGCUAACAUUACAAUAAAUGCAAUUAUAUCAUGAUUACAUGCAUUUUGUCUGUUUCUCACUUUCACAUUCUACUAGCAAAGUUUCCAAUAUUGAUAUUUAUAUUGAACUAAUAAAUGACUGAUUGAUUUAUUAUUUUAGUACAUUUUCUAUUUAUUUUUAUUUUUUAGAGGAUCAGUCCAAAUUAGAUGAAGACUCUGUUGCUGGUGAUUCGGAUGCUGAUUUCGCUGAGUACAUGACAGGCAAAAAAUUGCCUCCAGGUGGAAUCCCAGGCCUUGACCUUAGUGAUCCCAAACAGUUAGCAGAAUUUGCAAGGUAGACAUAAUCAACUGUAUGAAUUUAUAGAUAUUCAAAUCAAAGCAUUCAGAUGAGUCAAUACAACUUUUAAAUGUUCUAAUUGAUAAUAAUUGAUUUGUUCACUUUGGGCUUUUGUUGUUGCGUUUUUUUUUUUUCUUUCUCUUGUUGGGACAGGAUAAAGCCUAGGAAACCAACUGAUGAUGUACCCAGGACAGUCCCUUGCCCCCAUAAGGUAACUGUUAGACUGUUUAGGAGUAUAGCCUUACCAUAAUAAGGAAAGUACUCAGUUACAGAUUAAUUGGAGGGUGCUGAUCAAUGUUCCCUUUAAGCUGCGCUGCACAGCUAUCUCACAGACGUCGUGCAGCGGUUUUGAGUAUCCGCACAGCAAAUCUCUGUGUGUUUGAUUGUCGGCUGUGCAAUUUUGCACCAAAAAAAAUUGAUGUUGUAAAACUUUGCAUACAACUGUAUGAAUUUGCACACGAACCAGAAUACCUUAGAGGGAACAUUGGUACUGAUUAUUGUGUUUUAUAAAUAUAUGUUUCAGCUUUAAAAUUCCUAAUGUAAUAAAGAAAAUUGUUGGUAAUUUAUUAUACUUAUAUGAUUUCAUUAUUAAUCAAUAGAGCUGCUAUCUAUAUUAUGGUAAACCAUCAUUACAAUGAAUAAACGUAUGCGAGCACCCCUCUGUUACAUUUGAAUUGAGGGCAUAGAGUGGGAAAUCAGCUUCAAUCACCAAGAUAAAAUGUUGACUGUCCUCUAAAAAAUUACAUCAUAUCAAUCAGUGGCGUUGCUUGAGGUAUGCUGUUGAGGAGUUUCACUUAAAUCAAAGAUCAGCUUCAUCCAAGUGUCUAUACAAUCGUUGACUGCCGAAGCAGUCUCAGGGAAAUUUUCAUUUGAUGAAGAUUCGUAAUCAUAUUCAAGAUUUGACUGACUUUUAUUUAUUUUUAAAGACAUCUGGGUAAAAGAGAAUCUGAAAUAAUGUACUGUUUGUAAAAUAAAAAUGCACAAUUUUUCAUAUUCUUAAAUUAAAUAGUCUUUGUGUAUGCCUCUGCCGCCACGCUUAACUUUGCGCUUUGUGAUUAAUUGUUGGAAAUAUAUUACAUUAUUAAAUAAUUAAUUUUCAUUAUAGAGCUACUAUUUGGGUUACAGGGAGUAAGAGUUAAUAAUUUUAAUUGGAACGGGUAAAGAAACAGUUGUUAGCAUCCCCAUGAUUUUUAAAAUUUGACCUUUGCACCUGGAUCAGGGAAAUUUAGCCUUUGGUAGCUACAAAGAAUAAAGGGAAUUCCUCUGCAAAUUUAUUUUAAAUGAACCUUUGGUUAUUAACUCAUGAUUACUGUUUGUGAAUAAGUUGCUCAACUUCUUAAGUGAUUUUAAUAUCCUGUCUUUCAUCCUAGCACAUUGUGGGUUCCAUAUUUUGCAGAUCAUCUACUUAUUUAUUGUUUCAGGGCUGCAACAAAAUGUUUAGAGACAACUCUGCCAUGCGUAAACACUUACACACGCAUGGUCCUCGAGUUCAUGUUUGUGCGGAAUGUGGUAAAGCGUUUGUGGAGAGCUCAAAGUUAAAGAGACACCAACUAGUUCACACAGGGGAAAAACCAUUUCAGGUGAGGCAUUUUACUAUUAUUGCUAAAGUGAGGGAAAAUUUUCAUGGAAUUGAAUGUGCUCCUGUUAAGGUUUAUUACUGCUUGGUGGUGGAUACCAUUAUUUAAUUAUAUUUACCGUAAUUAUUGUAUUACAUGUACCUAUUUUCACUAUAUUACAUUUUGAAAACAACUUUUUGCAAACCCUAUUGAUUAAUUCUAAAAUAUUUAAAAAGUUAUUCCAAUUCAAGUGGCUUUGUUUUAGCCACACUAGAAUUAGACAGUUCCCCUUUUAUAUAAAACUUGUUACUUGAUUGAUUUUUUUUUAACUUGCAGUUUGAAGGAUUGGAUACAUAACCUCAAAUCUGAUUUUUCUUUCAGUGUACAUUUGAGGGAUGCGGGAAACGUUUUUCUUUGGAUUUCAAUUUACGCACACAUGUACGAAUCCACACUGGGGACAGGCCUUAUGUUUGUCCAUUUGAUGGUUGCAACAAAAAGUUUGCACAGUCAACAAAUCUAAAGUCACACAUUCUUACACAUGCAAAGGCAAAGUAUGUCCUUUUUAUCAUGAAUUUGUAGCUUCUUAAAUAAUUUUAAAAAUAAAUAUUGAUAUAUUUACUUUGCUGAUAAUGAAUAUGUACAAUAUGUUCUGAAUACAUUUUCUUCUAAAAUUUUCAUUAUACCAAAUAAUAUCAAUUUAUUUUUAAAUAAUGCUAACCCAGACUAACCACAAUUGGUUAUUUUUACUCUUGGUGGACUUUUCAAAUAAUUCUCUUUGAUCUGUUUAGAGAUCUUCAUAAAAAGGAUUAGUGCUUAUAAUUAUUUUCAAUGCAUUUUUUUUUCUUAAUCCAUUUUAGGGUAGACAGGUCUUCCAAGACAAUGUUAGUUUUUUCAGAUCAAGGCUCAGUUGAUGGAGAUCAGUGGUGCGUUGCAAUUUUAAAAUCAAUUAUUUUUACUUUUCAAAAAUAUGCCAAUUAUAGUUUGUAUUUCAUCAAAAGUUUGAAAUAAAAAAAUUAAUGUUCUAAAUACAGGUACAACUAAAUGGCAUUUUAUUUUCUGGAAUGAUGCACAUUUAGGAUCAUUAAGUUUGAAUUCAUUAAAUAAAGUUUUAAAUAUCUACCCAGUAUUAAUGUUGUAUAAUAUGUUGACAAAAUAUUAAUGAUAAUGAUAGGCCUUUGUAACAAAAUCCUAUUUUUUAUCUUUCUUUUCUUUAGUCUGUCAGAUGAUGGUUUGUUGGUUUUUGAUUCAAGGGGACAGUCAGCUUAUCAGAUUCCAGGAACACAGUAAGACUUUUUAAUAAAUAUUAAUCUUAUUUUUCAUUUUUUUGGGACUGCUUAUGAAGGCUGCAUUAUGAAACAUUUACUUUUUUCUUUAGGCCCCAGUUUGAAAUACUUUGGUGUCUUUUUAAUUAAAAUCCUGAUUUUCCACUUCAAAAUUGUGGUCUGUUCCUUGUCUAUUUCAUUACUUUGAAUUAAUAUGUACUUCUGUUUUCACAGAGCUGGUCAAGCCCUUGCAUAUGUCACUAUCCCACCAGAAUCUCCAGGAUGGGGUUGAAUGAUUUAAAGCCACACAUCUCACAGACAUCCAUAAGGUAUUUAUUUGGUUUAUAUGAACUGGUGUAAAAAAAAUACUGCAUUUUUAAAUUAAGAUUGUUACCCUUAGGCGAAAAAUAGUUUUCAUGAUUCAUGUGUCAAGUUAAUGUCAUAUUGUAAAGUUAAUGAUCAUAUACCAGACCUAAGAAAUGUAAAAUCAAACUUAGUUAAGAUUUGUCGAAAAAUGUUCAUUCAGCAUUUUAAAGCUAUUCCUUAAUUUUUUAUUUCCUUUUCAGGUCCAUCUUCAACACAGUGACCAGCAUAUUUUUCACAUGCAGCUUCCGGUUAUUCUAUGUUACCCCUGCUGCAUUUUCCACCACAGUAUACUAAUUUUAGAUGUGUACAUAGGUUUUGUAAUUUUCUUUGAUUACAAGUCACCUUAGUUUUCAAGCAGUUCUGCCGUUGUUAUCAAGGAACAGGCAUGCAAGGCUUCUGCUAAACUUGAGGAUUACUUCAAUUUCUAUUCGGUUUCACCUCUGGCUGUCAAUGAUCUUUUAAUAGUCAUUUGAACAAAGACUAUUUUUCUAGCAGAUACAUAAGUAAAUAUGAUGAAAUCCUAAAUUAUAGUAAAUUUUGAAACUUGGGUAACUUUACAAUGCUACAAGAAGCCCAUACGCAGACAUCAGUGUUGAAUUUCAAGAUCCAUCUGUAUAAUUACUGAAUCAUUACUAAAAGCUGGAUCUUUUAUUGUAUGGUUACAUGCUACACUUACACAUUAAACUUUUUAAAAACAACUUAAUAAAUAUACAAAUAAAAUUUAAAUCUUGAAAAAUGUCCUUUUUUUUUUUUGCUCUAUGUUCUGGUUAAAGGCAAUAUUCCUGUGUCUGUGCAAAGAUAGGAUGAUAAAUUCCUACUUGGACCACAGCUACUGAAAGUUUUAUUCCACUCUGUGGCAACAACUUUACUUCAUGCUGAAGAAUUGUGACAUUAGAAAUAAGUAUCUUGAACUUUUCUUAGAAAAGCAGCUACCGGUACUGGAAAAUACUGUAUAAUGAAGGGAUGAGGUCCAUUAACAUUUUGUGCAACCAGCACAGAAACAUUAUACUGGGGGCAGCAUGGGAGUUGUGAAUAUUUCAUUCAAGUUGAAACUCCUGUCAUUAGUUUGUUAUUUUCACAUGUAAUUUAUUUCAUUGUACAGUGGAUUUCUUAAAAAUUUUUUGUUCUGUUGAUUUUAAUUUUACAGAUUGGAUUUAAUGUAAGAAUUUUUUUGUUGGGUGGUUUGGUCAUGUCCAAAGCAAGUUCAUGUGCUUGUGUUUUCACUGUACUCAAAAAUGUGAAAAUGUCUGCAAAACAAAAUUUUGUUUGUCCUUCAGGGUUUUAAAAAAUAUUUAAAUUAAUUAAACUUCAAACAGCACAGCAUAUUUCACCAUUCGUUCUGAUUAGAGACUGACCUCACCUGAUUCGGAAAAGCUCCCCCCCCCCCCCUCAUAAGUACACAUAUUGUAAAUAUUGAUAUAAUAAUUGAUAUUGACAGUUUUCAUUUUCUCAUGAGUUCAAU